GACUUUGCCUCACCGCCAAAAAUGUCGAAAAUUCUGCCACUUUUCCAGCUCUGACAAGCGCCGACGAUUAAUUCUUUUGCAUCUCGUCGUACACACAACACAACCAGCCAAAAUGUCUUCUAUGCGAAAUGCCGUGGCGCGACGCCCUCACAGAGAGCGUGCGCAGCCUUUAGAACGUCGAAGACUCGGUCUUCUUGAGAAGCACAAGGAUUACUCGCUUCGAGCCAAAGACUUCAACAAGAAGAAGGCGCAGCUCAAGAACCUCAAAGAAAAGGCGGCCGAGCGAAACGAGGAUGAGUUCUACUUCGGUAUGAUGUCCCGAAAGGGACCGGGGUCGAAGAUCCAGGAUGGCAAGCGAUGGAGUGGAACGGUCGAGGGCGAUCGAGGAAAUAAGGCGAUGGACGUUGAGACUGUGCGGCUUUUGAAAACGCAGGACAUUGGAUACAUUCGAACGAUGCGACAGGUUGUUGCGAAGGAGGUUGCGAGACUAGAAGAGCAGGUCGUUCUCACAAGAGGCUUCGACAAGCUUGAUGAGGAUGAGGACGAUGAAGACGAGGGCAGCGACUCCGAAUUCGACUUUGCGACCGCUCCGUCAAGACCUAAAGAGCCCCGAAAGAUCGUAUUCAUGGACGACGAAGAACAGCGCGAGGAAACAAUACUGGAUCUCGAAGACGAAGAUGACGCCGACAAGACAUUUGAAGGAUUCGACGAUGAUAAGAAGAAAGAAGCUGAAUUUGAGCGCGCAAAGGCCCUUCGUCGCCUUCGCCGCCAACUCGAAAAUGCGCGCAAGAAGCUCAAGGCUCUUACGGACGCAGAGGGCGAAUUGGAGAUCCAGCGCGCAAAGAUGGCCAAGACAGCGACGUCGGGAGGAACUACACGCAAAGGAAAGAAGAUCAUGGUGCGGACACGGAAGCGAUAAACACAUCACCAAGAAUUAAUUUGAAUUACGGAGCUUUUCUCGUCAUUUCGUGUUCAGUUCAUUACGGCUCGCUAGCUAAUAGAUACCCUUCAAAACGCCAUGGGUUUAUGAUACAGAAAAAGAACUGGCCGCGCUCGAAUUAAAAUAAAUGUCCAUGUCCGUCAUUAAUACUUUGAUCCUACACACUUGUAACAGCCCUUGAAUGCGAAACCAACGCAUUUGAAGCUUAUCGUCAAUAUCCAGAUAAAGCACGCAAACAGACCCUUUACGAUCUUGACGAUGACCCGGAUCAGGAAGGGCAGUUUAUCCUCCUUUUCUCGCGGUUUGCUUUUACCUAAACUCUCAUCUUGGCUCUCAACGUCAAUCUCGAAUGACUCCAUGUGGCGCUUCUUUCUCUCGUCGCGUUUGCCGAUUUUGCUAAGGCGCUUUUCUUGCUUGGCUGUGAGGAUGAGAGGAGGUGGCGGUUCGAAGACUUCCAUUGCAGGAGUGUUCUUUUCAUCGGCUGAUGCGACGAGGAGAAGUGCUGUUACGGCGACGUCGACGAUGAAGUAGGAUUCUAUCUUUGCAGCGAUGCCCGUGUCGAUCUCGAGCCAGCCACCGCCUGUGCCGUCGCGUGUGAGUUUCGCGAGAUGUUGUGGUGAUUCGUUGUGCUCGAGGGUAUACUCUACCCUCGACCAAGAUGGUGAGCGCUCGAUUGUUACGCAGAAUGGUGUUGCGAGGGAUGGGUGGACAAGGAAGUGGUGGGAACUGUCUUCGUCCCAGACGAGACGGGCGCAUUCGCGCUCUGCUAGCAUGACGGAUUGGGGAUCUUGGGCGCGCUCGAUGGCCAUUUUUGUAGCGGGCGUUGGCAUGAGAAGAGCGACGAGGCCAUCGUUUGGAGGAUGGCGACGGGAUUCUUCUUCGAGGGUUGUGGUGAGAGCUUCUUGCCAGUGUUUUGUGUCGGUGACUUUUGUACCGGAGGAAUUACUGUUGUGGCCGACGACACCGCUGAUGAUGCUGCUUGCCGAAGAACUAGCUUCUGGCUUGGGUGCUUUGUAUGGUUUGUUGGGAUCAUGUCUUGUGAGAGUAACAUAUGCCGAAGCAGACGUUGGAUCUAUGCGGAGGUUGUAAAAUGGUUGUGAAGCUGAUGAGAGGCUGUAUACAGGUGCAUCUUUCUCUUGGGCUAGUUUCAUGCAGUAGACUCGACCCUCUGACGGUGAGGCUUGCCAUCCAUUUGCGACUUUCCAGUAGUUCUUGAGCUGUUCAUUCGAACUGACCGUUGGAAUCAGUGGUGGUUCUUGUUGCUGGACAUUUCGAUGCGGCCAUGAUGAUUGAGCUGAUUGAACGCUCAUGGGACUUAUGACUGGACUUCGAACGGGGUUUCGAGGGGCUGAUCCAGCGGGUGUUUCGUGGUAUGUCUGACGACUUAUAACAGCUCGCGGCAUUUGCGUUGGUUGAAUCUCUGUGGGAACAUAGUUCUGUUGACCGAGUGGUACCUCUGGGUUAUAAGCCGGGAAGAUGGACCGUAAUGGCUGCGCAGUAGUUUCACCGCCCAAAGGUGGUUUGGCAAUUGAACUUCGUGAUCGAUCACUGCUACUUCUAACAAGGGUAUUGCCCUGCGCAAAGCCAGUAUCAGAACGCCCAGGGAUCUGAACCGUCGGUCUAGGUCGUUGAACCUUUACAGGCUUGGGCGGUUCACUCUGCACAGGCUCGAAUUCAAUGGGUGUGUGAGCUCUAUUCUGGGGAGUCUGUCGUCCAUUUCUCGGCGACGCCGGUCUUGGUUCUGGAGACAUUGCCUGUGGUGUUGCGGCCCGUCGAUCGCUUGGUGUCGGGGCUCGUCUGUCACUGGGUGUAGGAGCUCUCCUCUCGCGAGAUUCAGAACGACGAGGUUUUGGUGUUUGGUUCCGUGAGACAGGCGGUGGUUUUGAUGAGUUGGGACUCGGGAAUAGAGAGAACCCGCCUGGGGUUGGAGUCGACAUUGUUCUGUAUCAAACAGUAUAUACUUCUUCCCAGAAGAGUAGGGGUAUCAAUAGAGGGGGUGUCUAGGCUAGCAAGACGAUGAAAAUGUCAAUUAUGCUGCUAUCGCUUCAUGGUCAAAACAAAAUUGUCACGUAAAAUUGUUUCCACAUAAAACAAAAACAAGGACAAUAGCAAGCAUGGGAAUUCC